AUGGGGUUUGGAGCUCUGUGCCUCAUUCUACUAUAUGGAUUCAUUGGGUCCUACGCGCAGCCACAUUGCAGCCUGAUAACACCCAACGUUCUGCGUGUGGACAGUGAAGAGACCAUUAUAGUAGAUGGACAGGGGACUGCGUUUGUUGCUGACCUCACAAUCCAAGACUUUCCCCGAAAGAGAUUUAAUUUAGUUACAAGCAAAGUCUCAGUGGACAGCAAUAACAACUUCUUUGGCAAUGUUAAAUUGACGGUCCCCUCAAAUAACUUGGAGAAAGAUCCGGACAAGAAACAAUUUGUGUACGUCUCUGUAAAGUCUCCCUCUUGCAAUCUUGACAAAGUUAUCCUGGUGUCCUUCCAAAGUGGAUAUAUCUUCAUACAGACUGACAAACCCAUCUACACCCCCGGGUCUACAGUACUAUACAGGAUUUUUACCAUGACCCCAAAUCUAAAACCAGUAACCAAGCCGGUGACCAUCGAAUUUCUGACUCCAGAUAAUGUAAUUGUCAAAAAAGACCUAGUUCAACAAAUCAACAAAAAUGGAAUCAUUUCCUUGUCUUAUACACUGACUGAUCUAGUAAGUUUGGGACUAUGGACCAUAUCAGUAAAGUUUGAGGACACCUUAAUACAGAAUUAUACCACACAAUUUGAAGUGAAGGAAUAUGUUCUGCCAAACUUUGAAAUAAAAAUUAAAACAUCUAGGACAUUUUUCUACUUUAAUGAUAAAGAGCUAAGGGUGGACAUAGAGGCAAAUUAUCUCUAUGGUAAACCUGUACAUGGCAAGGCCUUUGUGCUCUUUGGAGUCAAGAAAGACAACGAGAAGAAAAGUCUUCCAGAUACUUUAAGGAGAGUAGAGAUCUCCGAUGGUGAAGGUUUUGCUGUUUUGAAAAGACAAGACUUGGUGAAAUAUUUUCAACAAGAGAAAGACAUGUUACAGUGGAGAAUAUAUGUGUCUGUUACCGUCAUUACUGAUUCAGGCAGCGAUAUGGUGGAAGCUGAACUGGAUGAUAUUCAUAUUGUGACUUCUCCAUAUAAAAUUCUUUACGCAAAAACAUCCAAGUAUUUCAAGCCUGGAAUGCAGUUCAAUCUUAUGGUACUAUGACUGCAGGGCAUCAGUCCUCAAAAAAAUAAAAAAGCAGCAGCAGAGGAGGAACAUCAACUUCAAGAACUGGGAGCUGGAGUUGAAGAAGCACCUCCUGCCAGAGGCUCAGACAUCCGAGGCAGAGAGAUCUGAUCAACAAGGCCAGGCUUCAUUAAGGAGUCACCAUGACAGUUCCCCACCAUCACCUGUCCUGUCACAUUUGGAGAGCCGGAGUGAGGUUGAGGCAGAUGAUAAUGUGCCAGUACCUGAGGAGGACAUGGGCCAACCCCUGAGCUCAGCUGCCUGUUCACCAGCUAUCCACAGUCCACCCAGUCCACUAUCUCCAACCCCAGCACCCGCAUCUGUCCCAAUGGACACGUACCUUAGGGUACUCCAAGAAAGGGACAGGUUGUCCAGGGAGACGAGGCACCUUGCACGGGAGAUGCGACGCUUGAAUAGGACCAUGCACCAACUUCACCGACGGCAGGCUGACGACAUCCAAGUGAUGUUGGCCCGGGUCAGCCAGCAGCACCUUCAGGCCACAGCACAGCUAAGGGUGGACCUCUUGACGGCAAUAUCAAGAAUCAGCCAAUCACCUCCAUUGGCUGACACCAGCAGCAGCAACAAUGGGGCACCUUCACAAACCUAAAAGAUUAAAGAAUCAUUAUUUUUAGGCUGGUUGACAGUUUUGUUAUGUUAGAAAUGUUGGCAAUGUUUAGGUUUAUUGUAUUACCUCUGUAUUCUAUUACCAAAGUUUCAUGUUGACUUGUAUAUUGUAACCUCAUACAAAAUGGUGCCAAAUCCUUCCUACAAUAUAAACAUGCAAUUGGUAUGAUUAUGCUGGCUGAUUGUAGACAGCAGGCAUACAAGGCAAAAAAUGAUGAUUACAGUUGUUAUUUAUUGCUACAUUUGCAUUCAAGGCCUUUGCCAUCAAAAUAUUAAAAAAAAUUGUAGGUAAGAAAAAAUUGAUCUCCUGUUGUGGUGUCUACAUGAUUGAUGAUAACUUUGAUAGCAGAGCACAGAUUCCACCAGUGCAUGAAAUGUGUAUUGCAAUAGUAACUCUAAUUUAUUAUUAUUUACCUCAACAGUUGGAGAGGUGGGGUCCUGAGGCAUUGUGAACCUGGGUGUAAUGUCCGUUUAUUUGUUUUUGCAUUUUCCCGUUUCAGGCCCUGUUCAGACAUUGUUUUUCAUGCAUUAUAUGUUUUCUGUGCUUUUCUUCCAGGCGUGGAAGAGUUAAGCCUUUCACACAUGUGUUAGGCGAGUGUGUUAGCCGAGGAUAGGGGAUAAGAUGUCUGAUCGCUGGGGGUCCCAGCAGUGGGCCCUCGCGAUCAGACAUCUUAUUCCCUAUCCUUUGGAUAGGGGAUCAAAUGUUUUUCCCUGGAAUACCCCUUUAAGGUACUAAAGCUAUACAUUUAUUACACUGUGACUUUUAAUAUGCUGCUGGGAUCUGUGCUCCAUUUAAUAGAGGUCACUUAAGUGUCA